UAUUACACGAGGUACAGCGUUCUUUCUCGAUCAGAGUCAAAAACUGUGGCAUCUCUUAUUCUUCCUUCUCUAAAAGGUCCAAAAUAAUUUCCAAUCGUGUUUAAGAGAGCUCUUGGCCUUGUGUAGAAGCAAAGAUGACAGACGAAAGCGCUCCUGCAUUGACGGAAGAGGCUCAGAAACUCGUGAGCAUCGGCGUGGGCCUUCGCGUUGCUCAGAAAGUUGCAGAAAUCUUCAGUAGUGGAGCUCUUCUUCCUAAAGAACUAGAUGACAGAGCUUUAGAUGCUUUGAGAGAAUUCAACGAAGAAGGAGCUUUAGAAGUCCUGAAUCAAUUCGCUAGCAGCGAUCUGUCCCAUGUGCAGAACAAAAGUGCGUUUUUAUGUGGAGUUAUGAAGACGUAUCGGGAGAAGAAUCGCAUGAAACGCGACGGUCAAGAUCCUACAGCCGGCAUGAAAGGACCAGAUGAAGCGAAGAUCAAAGCGCUACUUGAGAGAACGGGAUACACUUUAGACAUAACCACAGGACAGAGAAAGUAUGGCGGUCCACCACCUAAUUGGGAAGGUCCUGCUCCAGGGACAGGAUCUGAGAAAGUUUGCUCACAAGUAUUCAUUGGAAAGAUCCCCAGAGAUUGUUUCGAGGAUGAACUUAUUCCAGUCUUUGAAGAGUGUGGUCAGAUUUAUGACUUCCGACUGAUGAUUGACCCUAUUACUGGACUUACCAAAGGUUAUGCCUUUUGCACUUUCACUGAAAAAUCUGGUGCCCAAGGAGCUGUCAAGAAACUAGACAACAAAGAGAUCAGACCUGGGAAGAGGCUUGGCGUUUGCAUUUCUGUUGCUAACAGCCGGUUGUUCGUAGGUUCAAUCCCAAAGACCAAAUCCAAGGAAGAGAUCCUGGAAGAAUUUAGCAAAGUUACAAGCGGUUUGAGUGACGUUAUAGUGUAUUUCUCUGCUGACCAGAAAGGUAAAAACAGGGGUUUUGCGUUCUUGGAGUAUGAAUCUCACCAAGCAGCUGCUCUCGCUCGACGUAAGCUUAGCACAGGGAGAAUUAAGGUGUGGGGUAACAUCGUUGUUACUGUCGACUGGGCUGACCCACAAGAGGAACCUGAUGAAGACCAAAUGUUGAAGGUGAAAGUUGUUUAUGUAAGAAACUUGAGUCCAAGCAUAAGUGAAGAUAGAAUAAGAGAGGAAUUUGAAAAAUUUGGAAGUGUUGAAAGAGUCAAGAAAAUCAAAGACUAUGCCUUUAUUCACUUUACUGAGCGUGAAAAUGCAGUCAAAGCCAUAGAAGAAAUGAAUCACAAGGAGUUAGAUAAUAUUCCCAUCGAAGUCUCCCUAGCAAAACCCCAGCCCUCUAGCAGGGACCGAUGCCAGGGGCAAUCUGGCUAUGGGAGUUUGAACGCACAGCGUGCACGAGGUGGAAAAUCAUUUGGAGGUGGCCGAGGACGUGGUGGCGGUGGUGGUGGGUAUGGUAGAGGAGGUGGACGUGGAGGGUAUGAUGGAGGCUAUGGAGGGGGCUAUGGAGGAGGCUAUGGAGGUGAUCAUGGUUAUGAUAGCUAUGGCGGUGGGUACGGUGGAGAUUAUGGUGGAUACGGAGGGGGUGAUUAUUACGAUAGUUAUUAUGGUGGUGGUGGUUAUGAUAGCUACUAUGGUAGUGGUGGCAGUAGCACCAGUGGUGGUAGUGGAUAUCGUGGAGGCCCCCGAGGUGGCAGGGGUGGACCCCGUGGUGGAGGAGGAGGGAGAGAUAGUCCUCGUGGAGGAUAUGGUAGAGGAGGGCGAGGCGGCCCACCAAGAGGUCGAGGAGGGGGAGAUUUCGGAGGUAGAGGAGGACGAGGCGGAAUUGCUCCAUCAAAGAGAAAAUAUGGUGCUGAUAACCCACAAGGAGUCGUCGGUUACCCAGAACCCAAGAAACGAUACAUGUCUGAAGGACAAGACCAAGGGUACCAACAAUGGGGUGCCCAGCCAAUCCCCCAAGCACCUCAGUACGGCUCUGGGUAUGGAGACCAGGGUGGACAAGAGUGGUACCAAGACAGCUACAGCCAGCAGUGGAAGUGAUCAGUUUGGCCAAAAAUUGGCUCAGUAUUAUGGUUAUUUUGGCUGCCAAUUAUCUUGAUAGAUUUGACAUUAAAGUCUAAACCCGUAAUAAUUGGCUCUGAUUUGGCCAUAUCCUGGAAUUGGUGUUGCACAUUGGAACUGAUUUUCGUUUCCUAUAAACAACGUGAAAUACGAAAAGACCCUGGAUUAUGCAUACAUUUUUAACAGUUUUGUGCCUCAACAAGUCUAAUGAUUUUUAUAAUUUUUUUUCUCCUUUUAUUCCUUAUUGUACUUGAACAAUUUAAAUUUGGCACAUUUUAAGUUCUAACUGGACGUGACUCAUUGUUUUUACGAUUGUGGCUUUGCAAAAACUUACAAGAAAACAAGCCAUGGCCAACUUAACGCGUCAAUUGACUCUAGAAAAAAAACUUGUAUAAAUAGCAACUUAUAGAAGUUUUCUAAUUUAUUGACAACAAAGAAGUUAAAAGAAAAAAUAUACUGUUUGCAAGWUUAUCCUUGAAGCCAAAUUCCUAGAGAACGAUGGCAAGCUUGCAGUUUGGGUAGAUCUGCAAAUUAUAGUUGAAUGCUAAUUAUCAAAUAAAGUGGAAAAACACUCAAAAAUACA